GACUAUAAAUUGAAUACACUGUUUGAUGAUAACCAAUGCGUUAUUAACAUACAGCGUUCAGGGCGUCUUGUAACAUGGAUUACGUUGCCGCGAUAGCAUGCCUGCUAGCUCUAACGACGUCGUCGACGGUUGACGGCUCAUUAGCUGAUCUCGUAUACGCGCCUGGACAUGCUUCUGUGGACUAUUACGCCUACCCUCGAUACGCCUUUGAGUACGCCGUACGAGACCCCCACACUGGUGAUAAUAAAGCACACUGGGAGAAACGGGAUGGCGAUGUAGUUAUAGGGGCUUAUUCUCUGGUGGAACCUGACGGCAGUUUGCGUGUUGUGGAGUAUCGCGCUGAUGACAAGAGCGGUUUCAACGCUGUGGUUAAGCGAAUCGGACCCAAUGUUCACCCAGUAACACCCAUAUACAAAGCACCAUUACCACUCAUUGGAUACAAGUCAGAGCUGCCACUUUCAAUCGGACCUGUGACGGGACUUUUGAAUCUAGGCGGUGCUCCACUAUUAAACAAAUACAGCGGAAGUGCGACUUCGUCCGCAAAUGUUUACAAAACUGCUGGACCCGCUGUAGUUGAAGAAGUGCUACCGCUGGGGAAAAUUAUCCCUGCUCCUAUCUAUAAUUCAGAAAUUAUAUCUGAACCCAUCUAUAAAGAGCCGAUAAUUCAAAGACCCAUCUAUAAAGAUCCAAUAACUUCGUAUCCACUAUAUAAGGAACCAAUAAUAUCAGCACCUAUCUAUAAGGAUCAGAUUAUUCCGGAAUCCAUCUACAAGUUACCGAUUUUCCAAGAAUCUAUAUACAAAUCCCCCCUUCUUUCAUCUCCACUAAUAAAAGCUGGACCUAUAUACUCUCCAGCUCUUAGGAAUCUGGAAAAUGUUCCCUAUGAUGGUAUCGAUUAUACUCUUUUAGGUAAAGGUCUAUUAAAUUACAAAGGAUCUCUAGAUUACAAAGGACUUUUAGACAAAAUACCCUUAAUAUAUAAGGGUGGAUUAGGAUAUGGCCAUUAAAUGACAUGACAUGUGACAUAUGACACAUGACAUAUGAUAUAAGACAUAUGACAUAUGAAAAAUAAUGACGACUUUUUAUAAACAGUGACCAAAAUAUGCCGCUAUCCAUAAACAAAGAUAU